CAACGUCUCCUGCUGCUUCACAGGAGGGCGCCAUAGUGCUGUGUGCAUCCUUGUAGGGAGUAGAAGCUGUUACUAUUUGGGAGUAAGGUUGGGGCCGGCCUUUUUUUGGUAGCAGAGAGUAAUGCGGCUGCUUGAAGAGGAGUGAGCCAACCCGAGCGCUUGCCUCUGUCCUGCUGCGGUCUUGGUUGCGCCUGUUGGAAGUCAUGGCUAUGCCCUGGACAGACUGGCCAAGGCCGGUCUCGGGUUGUGCUACUUUUCUUAUUUGUCGAGUGAUACUGAUACGUUCAUUGUAGAGAGUCACUUACAGCUGAGCAGUUACGGUAAUGCCUCGCAUAUGCUGCGUUCCUCACUGUCUGGUAGCUAAUACUUUUCCUUCACACAAUAUGCUCCGCACCACUGGACUCCCGAGGGAGGAGAGGAAUCUAACUCCUGAAGAAGCAAUAUAGAAACUAAAAGAGACGACAGUAGAAAUUCUGAUCAAACAGGAAUUUCUGAAGCAGAAGUUCAACAGGAGCUACACAUAGCCAAAAUGUAUGGAUGGGACCAAGAGUAAGCCAAUCACCAUGCAGGCUCUGUGGAGAAAGAAAAGGUUAGAAGAGAAGCUGGCACAAACUCACGGGACAGGAUCCAUCCUGGAGGUCCAGCCAGUGGCCAUUGAGCAUGCCACCACCAAGGCAGGAGUGCUUUGUACCAUGGAUCCUGCUACCCAAGGCAUGAAGAAAGCCUGCCAGGAAGUUGACACUGACAAGGUAGAGGAACUGCUGGCUGACAUCACAGAACAACAGGAGCUGGCCCAGCAGGUAUCAGAUGCCAUUCCUCGCCCUAGGGUUUUGGAGAGGUGUGGAUGAGGUGACCAGGGUGACCGGGAUGAAUUGCUGCAAGACUUGGAGGAACUGGAGCAAGAAGAAUUAACUCAGAAGUUAACUGUGGGCAACAAGGAGGAAGCCCCGGUCAGAUUGUCUGGUGUACCUUACACACAUCUGCUUGCAGAGCCAGCUUCCAGAAAAGAUGAAGACAAAGAAGCACUGAAGCAGUUGGCAGGCUGGAUGUCCUAA